CGUAUUCCACGCGCGCUCCUCCUGACAUCGGGUCAGCAGCAGCCCAGUUCGGAGGAGAGGAUGUGGCUAUGCUGACAUCUGCAAGCCAGCGGUUUGACUGGAAGAAGACCGCAGUCGGGCUGACAGACAACGGCCUCAGAACACUCGGAGAACCCCGGAGACAUGUAACCUUUCCCGGAAGGUGCUCGUGUCCAGACGGGCUCCCUGAAGCUCGGUUCGUCACGGAGCCCUUGCGGCGCGUUUCGUCAUGAGGGGCCGCWGCUCUCGAAAACUGGGCGUGCUGGCCAAAGCCAGCUUCCUGCUGUGGCUGCUGUGGCUGGGCUACCUUCUGUUAGCGCGCUCCUCUUUCCCCUCGUCUUCGUCUGGACAAGAUGAGGAGGACGAGCGUAAUGUGCACGCGAGGCAGCUAGAAGAGAGUGGGACGGACGGGCUGCUGGCCAGGCCCGUUUAUGUCAAGCCAUCACCCGACAACAAUGCGCCGGGGGAGUGGGGUCGGGCCACGCACCUCAACCCGAGCCCAGAAGAGAAGAAACAGGAGGAGGAAGCUGUGGAGCGCUACGCUAUCAAUAUCUUCGUCAGUGACAAGAUCUCCCUCCAUCGCCACAUUCAGGACCACAGGAUGAAUGAAUGCCGGAACAAGAAGUUUGACUACCGGCGUUUACCUACCACCUCUGUGAUCAUAGCGUUCUACAACGAGGCCUGGUCCACCCUGCUGAGAACUAUUCACAGUGUGCUGGAGACCACGCCCGCCAUGCUGCUGAAAGAAAUCAUCCUAAUUGAUGACUACAGUGACCGAGGCUACCUGAAAUCAAAGCUAGAAGAAUACAUCAGCAACCUCCAACGCGUGCGGCUCAUUCGCACCAAUAAAAGAGAAGGGCUGGUACGAGCACGUCUCAUCGGCGCCACCUACGCCACGGGUGACGUUCUGACRUUUCUUGAUUGCCACUGUGAGUGUGUCCCCGGCUGGAUUGAGCCUCUGCUGGAAAGGAUUGCUCAGAAUGCCAGCACCAUAGUGUGCCCUGUGAUCGACACCAUCGACUGGAACACGUUUGAGUUUUACAUGCAGACAGACGAGCCGAUGAUUGGAGGGUUUGACUGGAGACUCACCUUUCAGUGGCACUCGGUUCCUGAAGUGGAACGCAAGAGGCGAAAGUCUCGCUUUGACCCCAUCAGGUCUCCUACCAUGGCAGGAGGGUUAUUUGCUGUGAGCAAAGCUUACUUUGAAUACCUUGGCACAUAUGACAUGGGGAUGGAGGUGUGGGGAGGAGAAAACCUCGAGCUCUCUUUCAGGGUAUGGCAGUGUGGAGGCAGUUUGGAGAUUCAUCCCUGCUCUCACGUGGGUCACGUGUUCCCCAAGAAGGCCCCCUACGCGCGGCCCAACUUCCUCCAGAACACCGUCCGAGCUGCAGAAGUUUGGAUGGACUCUUAUAAACAGCACUUCUACAACAGGAACCCUCCAGCCAAAAAGGAAAACUACGGGGAUAUCUCGGAGCGGCUGCUGCUGAGGGAAAGGCUGAAAUGCAAAAGCUUUGACUGGUAUCUUAAAAAUAUCUACCCUGAUCUACAUGUGCCCGAGGACAGGGAAGGCUGGCAUGGGGCUGUCCGUAGUUCAGGAAUCCAAUCAGAGUGCCUUGAUUACAACGCUCCAGACCACAAUCCCACAGGUGCCCAGCUUUCUCUGUUCGGCUGCCACGGCCAGGGAGGCAACCAGUACUUUGAAUACACCUCUCAGAAGGAGAUCCGUUUCAACUCUGUGACUGAGCUGUGCGCUGAAGUCCUCGAGGGACACACCUUCAUCAGUAUGAGACAUUGUCCUCAUGACAGCGAGCUCAAACCCCCCAGUAUCGUCUGGGAGUUCAGACAGGAUGGGACCAUCCAUCAUCCUCACUCCGACAUGUGCCUGACCGCCUACCGCACGGCAGAGGGUCGCCCAGACGUCCAGAUGAGACGCUGCAGCCCCAGCGACCGAACCCAGCAGUGGAAGUUUGAGUGGUAGAAAGAGCAGGAAGAUUUAAGUGAUCGUCGUGCAAUUACUACGGUGGAGGCCGCCUCCGCUGCUCCCAGUUUCCUCCCUGCAAACGUUUGCACCCGAUUGAAACGACAAAGGAAAAGGGUCUUGAAAWUUUUCCCUUGAAGACAGUCACUUGCUCCACUGAGAGCUUUUAUACUAUCGUGAUUGAGUGCAGAUUGCAGCAGGAUAGCAGAGUUUAUCUGGUCUUUUUUUAUUAUUUUUUUUAAGACGUCAGCUGCUUUCAUCCUCACACCUCAGUAGAAACGAAAAAAAGGAAGCAUCUUGCACACCUGAAGUGUCCUUAUUAUGGAUUUGCGACGGCAGAAAGAUUUUAUCUUCCUGCACACAAAGAAGUGCUUCUCAAAGACACAAAGACAGACUUUUUGACAAACGGCUGCAAAUUCUUGUUGCACUGCGGACUUUCACGUGCAAUUUUGUGCAAGCAGUUACUGUUAAAUCCUUUUUUUUUUUUGCUCGUUUGUACUGUUGUUGAAAAAUGUCAGUGUUGGCUGCUAAAAAAAGGCUGUGAGGUCAGCAGCAUUUUUUUUAUUAUUAUUAUUUUUCUGCCUGGAAGCAGUCACUUUCUAACACGCUCCAUCAUGUGGGAGGAAAGCAGGCAGACAGCUCCGUGGUCAUACUACACUCCUUCUCCAGCCGAUCCCCCCGCCUGCGGUGCCAGUUUCAUGGCAGAGCGCUGCCUGAACAAGACUUGAGGAGUUCGUUAAGCGUUUUUCAACUAAGUGCUUUUUUUUUUACCCAAGAAGAGCUUAGCGAGUUGACAGGAAUGUUGUAAUCUAUUUUUUUCCUGCUGUGUACCGUUGAGAACACCUUUUAAAACCCACAUGUCACCCUACUUAUGAAUACCUACGAGAUAAGUGUGCCAAAUCGUGUUUUGCCAGUGGGUGUCUUAAUUUAUUUUUUAGUGUUUUUAAAUGGUAAAACUGAAACAAAGGUAAAGGAAAUUUGAGUUUUAGUCACAAAAAGCCUUAAAGGGAGCACAUUUUUGUCUUAUUUUCUCACUCACCUGUGUAUGAGCUGUACUUGAAACUGCGUAGAACACUUUGUGUCGUUGGGAUUCGAGAACCAUGAGGUUCGUUGGAACUGCCUUCAAAACUGCAGCUUUUUUACUCCCCUCUGAUAAUCACUGAGCAGUGUUUAAUCUGUAGCUCRUUUGAACACAAGGUAUUCAUGCCUGACACUGAAUACAGGUGGUAAACAUUUUAAAAUGAUGUCCAGAUUUUGUAAAUAAUGUUUGGUUUAAGGGACCAAAGUGGGGCAGUGCUAAUGUAAAGCUUUUAAACUACUGAUACUGCAAAAGGGAAGAUCAUCUAAUGAUGUGAUGGUGGAUUAAAUAUAAAAAACUAACUACAAAUUCCA